UCACUUAAAAAUAAAAUUUUUAUUUUCAAGAUUAAUUCAGUUAAUCAAUUACACAGACAUGAGAAAGAGAGAGAGAGAGAGUGAGAGAGAGAGAGAGGAACAGCAAACCAAUUAGAUCCAUAACAAAACUCUUUACACUUUUCUCUCAGUCAUUUUGUCACAACUCAUCUCAUCACUCAACACUUUAACGUGGCAUCCCAUUCCCGUUCUUUUCGUUACUUGUAUCUUUGAGACAAAACUACCCUUUCACUUUAGGAUAUUCUACAUAUCUGUCCAAUAAGUACAACCUCGGAAAGUUACCCUCUUUGUCUCUCUCUCUCUCUUUCAAUCAAAAGAAACAGUCUUCACUGUCUUUGCUGAUACCAAAUUUUGUCUCAAACGGCUUUCGAAUAUUCAAACUCUCUCUCUCUAAUAAGUAACAGUUACUGUUUGAAUCCUUCAAAUUUUCUGAAAAGCAAAGAUAGUAAAGCCCUUUUUAAUCAAAACCCACGAAAUUUUCUUUUCCAAGAAGCCUACUUUUUGUUUUCUUGGCGGAGAAAAUGUUGUUAAUCUAAAUUUCUUGGGAGAUUCUUGUUAAAAGUUUGGAGUUUUCUUGGUGGGUUUUGGUCUUUAGGUUGAAAGGUUAAAAGGGUAUUUGAGUGACAGAAGGAAUAGUAUGAAGAUCAAAGAAGAUGAUCAUGAAGAUUUGAAGGGCUUUUAGAGAAGGGUAUUGUGGCUUGAAUUUCUGGGGAAAAAAGUUAAGAGUUUUGUCUUCUUAAGGACACGGAAGUGAUUAGGCAAUCUAUUUGGUUGAAGACUUGACAAGUAUAAUUAAGAGAAAUAAUAAACAAGAAAAGCAUUAUGGUUGCAAAGGGACGGCUGAAUGCCACUGACUCUCCGAAAGUGGAGGUGGGAGAGAUAGAUACUAGUGCACCUUUUCAAUCUGUUAAAGAUGCUGUCACUCUUUUUGGUGAAGGUGCUUUCUCUGGGGAAAAACCUGCCGUAAAAAAGGCAAAAGCUCACUCCGCUGAGAGAGUCCUCGCCAAGGAGACACAGCUUCACCUUGCUCAAAAAGAGUUGAACAAGUUAAAGGAGCAACUAGAAAAUGCUGAGACAACUAAGGCUCAAGCACUUGUAGAGCUUGAAAGGGCUAAAAGAAUGGUUGAGGAACUGACUUACAAACUCAAAACUGUUAAUGAAUCAAAGGAUUAUGCAAUCAAGGCUACAGAAGCUGCAAAGAAUCAGGCAAAGCAGAUUGAAGAAGCCAACUCUGGUAUUCUCCCUGGAACUGAUGGUGCUAGGAGCCUGGACUUGGAAACUGCAAGGGAACAAUACAUGAGCGUGAUUACUGAACUUGAUGCUGCAAAACAAGAAUUGAGGAAGGUUCGUCAGGAUUGUGAUGCAUCCUUAGAAGCGAAAAUUGCUGCCUUUAACCAAACAGAAGAAGCUGAACAUGCAACUAAGGUUAACAUGGAGAAGGUUGGAGAGCUCACUAGGGAGAUUUCAUAUGUACAGGAAUCAAUCGGACAAGUGAAGCUUGCAUCUCUUGAAGCACAGCAAGAACAAGCUAAAAUGUUUGCUGAAAAGGAUAACCAGAGGCAAUUAUAUAAAGCUACCCUUGAAGAGUCAACGAAGAAGUUGCUUGCUCUAAAAAAUAAAUUUGACCCUGAGCUUACACGAAAUCUGGAAGCACAACUGUCUGAAACGGUCAAUCAGAUAGGGGCUUUGCAGAAGCAGAUGGAAAAUGCAAAGGCUUCUGAUCUGGAGUCUUUGCGAAGUGUUACUUUAGACCUAGAUGGUGCUAAAGAAUCACUGCAGAAAGUUGCUGAAGAGGAAAACUCCUUGAGAAGCUUGGUGGAGUCUCUUAAGGUAGAACUAGAGAAUGUGAAGAAAGAGCAUUCUGAACUGAAGGAGAAGGAAGCAGAAACAGAGUCCAUUGCUGGGAACCUGCACGUCAAGCUUCGGAAAAGUAAAUCAGAGCUUGAAGCUAUCCUUGCAGAGGAAUCCAAAACAAGAGGUGCCUGUGAAGAAAUGAUUUCAACCCUCCAACAACUAUCAGUGGAAACAGAAAAUGCGCUGCAAGAAGCGGAAGAGAUGAAGAAGGAAGCUGAGAAGUUAAAGUUGGAAGCUGAAGCCUCAAGAAUUGCACUUGAGGAAGCAGAUAAGCUGCUGAGAGUUGCUCUGGAAGAAGUUGAAGCUGCCAAAAAAGCUGAGACAAGAGCGCUUGAUCAGAUAAAGAUGCUUUCUGAGAGAACAAAUGCAGCACGAGCCUCAACCUCUGAAUCUGGAGCCAAUAUCACUAUCUCCAGGGAAGAAUUUGAGUCUUUGAGCCAUAAAGUUGAAGAGUCUGAUAAUUUAGCUGAAAUGAAAGUGGCAGCUGCCAUGGCUCAGGUAGAAGCUGUGAAGGCUAGUGAAAAUGAGGCCCUCAAGAGGUUAGAGGCAACUCACAAAGAGAUUGAAGACAUGAAGGUUGCAACUGCAGAUGCUUUGAAGAGGGCAGAGAUGGCUGAAGCAGCGAAGAGGGCAGUGGAGGGAGAGCUCCGAAGGUGGCGUGAAAAGGAACAGAAGAAAGCCGCUGAAGCUGCGUCUCGAAUUCUGGCAGAAGCACAGAUGGCAGCAGAAUCAUCCCCACAGCACAAUAGAAUUCAAAAACAAAACCAACCAGAGAAAAUUGUUCAGGUGCAAAAGUUAGAAAAAGAGAAGUCUUCUGUCUCAAAAAAGGUGCUUUUACCUAGUAUCAGUGGUAUCUUCAAUCGAAGAAGGAACCAAAUUGAGGGUGGAUCUCCCUCUUAUCUACCUGGUGAGAAGCCUCUGUAACAUUGCAUUUGCCAGAUCUUUGUACAUUUAUCAAUGUUUGAGAGAAACGUAUUUGGUUGUGUGUACAUCUGAGAACUGCGGAAUCAAAUCUUUGUUAUUCUUGUCUGUUUGAGGAAUUUAAAAGUGGAAUGUGUAAGUAUUAGUUUGCAAGCAACAUGGGGUACCAAGUUCUGUGUACAGGACUAGCGGUGGUUAAUGGAUGACUCAACAUGAAUGCUUGUGUAUUAGGUGCCAAUAGCUCUUGGAAAGCAAUGUGGCAGCAAUGAUAUUGAUGAAGCUUUGGCAGUAAGCAAAUUUAGGCUUUGGUCACCAAGAGACUAGUAGAAACAGCUGGCAAUUCUGUUAAAUAAUAUUCAUGAGAUCAAUGAAUGCAUCCAGGCAUCUUCCAUGCUUAAGUUGGUGUCUAACUUAAAGAAAGAAAGCCUUCUCCUUGUGAGAUUUUAAUGCAACAAAUUAAGCAUUGUCCUAAAACCUUAGCACUUGGUGGUUGAGAAGUCAGGGUCGGAUUUUGUGGAAACAACCUUUCACCAUAAGUAGUUCGUAAGUUGAGAUAGAAUGACAAUUAUCUUGAAACUUAUUCAAUUUGCAUUAUUUUGAUUGAGUAGGUGAAUCCAAUUCAAUAUUCUUUUUAAUGAAAGUAUGAC